AUGGCCUCAAUGUAUAGAGAAAGGCAUGUCCUUGCGUUUACAGUAGAAACAUAUUAGUAUUGCUCAGGAGCGUGAAAGAAACUGCCAAAAUUGUCCAAUUUUUACUCGGCCUCUUCGUGCAAAAAUGCAAAGUACGCAGAGAUCCGUCAACGCCGUGCAGCAACAAAGCACUUCCUAAAGAGGUAACUUAUUAAGGAAAGUUUUCUUAUUAAUCCAAGACCUAUUCGUUGGUGACAUUCGUUGUAAGCAGAUAUUUUUCUCGAAAAAGAAGUUUGAUGUUUGAAUGAGUCUUCACAUGUGACCCAAAUCACCAUCUUCGUGAAAAGGAGCGCCCGAAACCUCACUAAUUCGGUAAAUGCCCUCAAGAUCAAUCUUAUUUUAAAUUUCCCAACAGACAGGUAAUUCAGAAUCUUUUUUAUGUGCGAUCGGGUGA